GCACGCGCCACCUACCGCCAUCUCGCCAUCGAAGUCGGGCGAAGAAGCGAAGAUCAAUGUAUGGAUUGGUAUCAAGACAAGCAGCGUCACCAGGCUGUACACGGCAUUGAAACGCUUCAACCUUAGCCACCUGCCUUCCGCUCACCCUACCGGCACUCGCAGCGUGCUAUCUCAUACUAGGUUGAAUGCUCAAGAUUCAUCCGACCGGCCACAUCGCGUAGACAGCAAGCGCAUCGCAACAGACGCCUCGAAAACACUGAGCGCUGAAGCGUUUAGCUACAACGCAGUACACCGACCAAAGACAAACAUGGCGAACACGGAUUACGACGAGAAAUUGCCAUAUGUGCAUUUCGAGACUGUACCUUCGGAUCAGAGAAUGUACGAUGACUUCAACAGAGAGUUCGAGGUGACCGAAUGGGACCUAAGCACUCGCGUUUUGAGAGGCCUAAGCCUGGGCUUCGAUCCUGCAGCCGCACGUCGCUCGUAUGAGCAAGGCGAGACGGACAAGCGCAGCAACCGAAAAGUCCAAGAGGAACUCAGGUCUGUUGCUGUGAGCCUUUACAACCAUCAGAGAGUGACUGCGAUUUUCCGAGCUAGGACCACCGAAGGCAACAAUGUCCUAGCCUAUCUGCUUUGUGCCUCAUACGAAGGAACUCCGCCGGGCACCCCGGAGAAGAACGGCCGUCCAAAGCUACGGCAGUGCGUUCCUCUGCCUCUGGGUCAUUGGGAUCGCUUGUAUUACGCCAUUUGCGCCGAGAUUCGGAGCAUGUACGAGGCACUCCAGAGCAGUUUCGGCAACGGGUUCGAGGACGGCACCGUCGUCCUUCACAAUGCAGGCCUCGACGCUGCUUCUUGCGAGAGACGCCCAAUCAGCGCUGUCGGACUGGCCUCGCUACUGGAAGACAAGUGGCUACAGAUCCACAGUGAUGAUCUGGUGGCAGCUCUAGAUCUUGCCGUGCGCUUCCGAAACGCACAAGACGCCACUGGCAGUUGUGCUGGGUUUGACGCCUGCCCAAGUUUCUACUAUAAGGAUACCCUCUCUGGCUUGCGCUCAUUCGACCACGAGCACGGCGAGAAGUGCUACGCGGUUCAUGUCGCAGAAGGUCUCAUCAACACAAACACAAUGACCCCGGAGGGUAUCAUGCAGCUGGUGUGGACGAAGCAGGCGCAUGAAGCGCACCGCAAGUCCGGGAAGGUGGCUGAGAAGGAGACGCUUUUGGCCCGCUGCCGCGCUUACGUCCGUGAAUGCUCGCCAGAGACAACUAAAGUGAAUGAGCAGGCUGCAGGCAAGCGUCUCAACACCGCUUUCUGUGGAUGUGGUCCCGCUUGCUAUUGUCGAGCAAUAUGCGACUUGCAAAGCAACGAACGUAGUUGCGCGCAUCUCCAUAACCAGGUUCGCAACAUUGUCGGCGAGCAGGAGACUACUAAGAACGGAGUACAUGACCUGGUUAGCGGUAUGAUGCAGCCACCGGACACGCCGGUGAAUGAUGAGCCUAAAGAUGUCUACUGGGACCUGCAGUCACUGCCGAACAACAUGCUCGGCGCGGUGUCUAAUGGUCUUGCGCAGAUGGAAGUUGCAGCUAUGGCGCAGCCGGAUCCAUUGACAGUUCAGGCAUGUCACAUCGGGCGGCAAGCCGGCCAGGAGAACGACAGUGGAGAACAUACGAGCUAUCACCGGGCACCCUCCAACACCACCAACAGCGACCUUGCUUCCAUUCCGCCACUGCGCACACCGUCCCGUGGUCGUACGAAAGACGCUUACCCCCUUGGCUUCUAUGGCGACAGCUCCGGCCAACGCUACCCAACCCUCAGAAGCAACACCGCUCAAGACCUUCCGCCACCGGUUUAUGGCGCUUCAUUCUACAGCACCCAUGUACCGGCGCGCAAGCCUGUCGCCACUGCAAGGGCUGUAUACACUGCCCAGGCUGAGGACACGAAGCGAGCUUCGCCCAUUAGGCAUAUUACAUACCCAGCGAUCCCCAAAUCGGAGAGCCAAGGUUUGUUCACUCGGAGCUUCCCGGUUCCAGCCAGAGGCAAUCCGCGCGACAUCGAGCAUGUAGACAACGUGAAUGCCUACAACGAUCUGGCUCAAGAAGCGCACAAUGCGAUUCGCCCUUUCUCCGACGAACCUACUAUGUACGCCAAAAGCACCCCGACUCGUCACAUGGCGCACACCGCAACAACCUCUCCAGAUGGUCUCUACAUCACGAAGACCCGCGAGAACAGCUUCGACAUCAUCAAGCACAAGGCACACCCGCCUCUACCCGAACCCGACUUCAUGGCGCCCCGUCCGGCACUGAAGCAGCGUUACGUCUCCGCCGGCGGCAAUGCUAAGCUUUCCGAGCGCGCCGAAAUAGCCGGUCCCGCCUUCGGAAUCACCCAGAUUCCGAAUGGUAGCGGCACUGCUAUACCCAAGGAAGAGCUAUUCCAGAAGCUCAGCGAUCCCGAAUUCAUUCGAGGCAACUUCGGCGAGGAGGCGGUGGGCAAGAUGAGCUUCGGUGUAGACAGGGAGAGGACGAGCUGUGAAUCAAGUCCCAGCAAGCGGAGCAGUGGAGGCAGCCAGAAGAAGCAGCGCGCGUCUGCGGAGGGCUCAAUGAAGGGUGGCGACAAGCGGGAGAGGACGGAUAGUGGAGGCAGUGUGGAAAAUGGGAGGUUUGAGAAGCUGAAGCGGGUGUUUUCGAGGAAGAAUAGUGGAUGUGAGUAGGUUAUUGCUGACCGCUCAUGGAGGAGAAGACCGGGCCUGCAACGCAGGAAAUAGCAAGAAGGCGUUGUAAAUGUUGUGGCCUGGAUAUGUAACGAAGCGAGUGCAGAAUGUGAUGAGAACGGGCCAUUUAGAAGAGCAUAUUUAGCUCGACGCUG